ACAUCUCCUCUCAAUACCAGCAUAAAAAGACUGCGAAUUGAGUGUAUUUCUCAUUUUACAAUAAUAGCACAAUCUACUACUACACCUAAUACUCCUCUAUUACUACUAGCAAUCAUGGGUGGCGCCGAGUCAAAAGAAGCCCACCAGAAAAUCCACAACGCGACCCUUGCUGGAGUUACAUUCCCCAGUACUUUUGAGCUUUACUACGAUCCCUCAUGGAAGAAGUUCAAAAUGAUCCUCGGCCACGCUCCUUCCGAGCCACUUUAUGUCUUCAACCUACCGGAAGGCUGGUGGGGGGAUCUAAUCAUGUACAACGGCCCUACUCUGGAACACCCGCCGCUGGCCGCUGUGCGCAACACUGGUAAGUCGGGGAUGGGAGAUGCAGUCACGCUGCCCCCUCUUGGGCCGGGCCAAGAAGUCAUUGAUGAGAAAAUGUCUCGCCGAAGAAAGGGCUUGACGGACGUCUUUUCAUUUGCCACGGUUGUGGACACCAGAGAGGGGGAGAAAACAACGCGACGCGUUCAGAGAUUUGAGUGGGUGGGCUCAGGACGCAAGGAGGUGAAGGAUUUGAACGAAUGGACUCACGGGUGGAAAUUAAGGCGCGUAAUUGCGAGUGACGCGGAGGACGAAGACGAAUCUGAGAAUGAGCUCCCAGCUGGGGAGAUAUUGGCUGUCUGGGCGGAUUCAUCCAUGAGCCUGAGAAAGGCUGCCAAGUUCCAGUUCCUUAACAGUGGGGCAACCGGUGAGCUGGGGGAGGCGUGGGCCCUUAUGGCGGUGAUUACGUUUGUGAGGGUUUGGCAGAGAUACAUGCAGGUGGUGGCGACGUAGUGGUGAGAGUUGGAGGGAUGAAUACCUGAGGGCGCGAAUCCUGAAUGGCUUGAUGGAGGGCUGCGGGAGCGGAUGGUGACCCGGCUAGGUACCUAAUAGAUGAACGAAUGUAUGAUUACUUGGCAUCACGGUACAAAGGGCAUUUGCAUAUGUAAUACUAUAAUAUGGCUUUCAGAUGACUACACUACGCUUGUGCCCCGAG